AUGACCUCCUCGCCCACGGGCUCUGCAACCCCAUUCUCAGACUACACGAGCAGCCGCAGCAACCGCGGCAUCGGCGACAUUGAUGUCCUGGACGUCUACAUCCUCAAGCACAGUGCCGAUCCCGUGCUCGUGCUGCUACCCAUAUCACGCAUAGGCACAUAUGCCGAAUUCCUCUCCGUCAUAAAAAACGACCUCCACCCCGGCCUCGGCGACGACAAAGACGCAGUGCAGCCCCUCAUCUACACCAUGGACCCCUACAUGACCAUGUCCCUCCUCCGCCCCACCCUCUGGCCCGACCUCAUCCCACACCUCCGCGGCAAGCGCCUCCUCAUCCUCCCCGGCGACUGCCCCGCCCCCGCCCCCACCACACCCCCCGCAGCAGCCACAGAAGAAAAGCAGAAGCGCUCACAAACCUCCUGGACGCAAUACCUCACCCCGAAAUCCACGCCCACAACCCCCGAGACCACCCGCGUCAGCGUCGACGCCUCCCCGGCCCGCGCCCACAAGCUCCCACCGCUCCCGCCACCCCCAGCACCCCCAGCAGCACCAAUGCCGCCAACACCCGACACAGCACGCACAACAGCGCCAGAGGUCUUCUACACCCCCGAGACCACCCGCACCGCCCCCGAGCUCGUCCCCGCCCCCACAAGCACAAACCCACGGCGGACGAAAGCGCAGCCGCAGCAGCCGCCAGCACUAGCGGGGGCCCCCCCGCGUGGCUUCCGCCCGCUAACACGCACCGAGUCGUUCCUCAAGCCGCCCGAGUUCGGCUUCGACAUCUCGCUGUGGUGCCGGUUCGCACCCUCGUACAAGCCCGGCCGACUGAUGCACGUGCAGUUCCGCGAGAUCACGCUGCAGGUUGUGCCCUCGCAGCCGGGCGGGCUGGAUGUGGGCGCGUUCAUGAACAAGGCGGCAUCGGCGAUCACGAACAUGGUGCGGCGGCAGGGGUUUCUGCGGAUGACGAGCUCGUUUCGGGAGUUGGCUGUGCGGCCGGGGGCGCUGAGGAUGGCGUUGGAGGACUGGCCGUCGUCGGAGGGGGGGUUGGGGGUCGGUGGGGAGACGCUGCGGUGGGUGGCGGAGCCGGUGGUGCUGUUUUGUGAGGUGGGGGAUGUGGAGUUUGUGAGAGAUGGGGGGAGGGAGGAUCCGAGGAGGGCGGAGGAGGCGAGGAGGCUGGAGGAGGCGAGGAGGCUGGAUGAUGAGAGGAGGGAAGCGGAGUGGAGGAGGGAGGAGGCGAGGAGGGAGGCGGAAAGGAGGGAGGAGGGGAGGAGGAACGAGGCGAGGAGGGAGCCGAAGCCGAAGCCUAUGCCUAUGAAGAAGGGGAGGAAGGUGAAGAAAGUGCAGGUUGAGAGUGAGGAGGAGGUGGAUUGA